AUGCUCAAGAAAGCACGGAAAGCAGCAAUCCUAGGGCUGGAUUGGGGAAGCAGUUCGAUUCGAGCGAGCGUUAUCUCCCGCGACGACAAGAAAGCUCAUCCUGUUUGGAACAGAAAGUCAAUACCCGGUCACGACGAACGUUAUCAAAAGGGCGCAUUCAGCUCGGCAUUGUAUCUCGAUGACGUUGGAAAGGUCUACACAGGCGAAGUUAUUGACGAGGAUCGCGACCCGGUGCCGUCGAAGCAUUUCUUUACCAAAUCACCACGGACAGGGAUUGACGCGAUAGAUGUCGCCUUGAAUAAUUUGAAGGCAGACAAACUAUGGAACAUAGUUCAUGAUGGUAUGGAGGCAAUCGUCAAGGCCGUCUUUCUAGAGGUUGAGGACCAUUGCAGCGGCAAGAAUCCCGAAAAGCAGCCAUACUAUAUCGAUGAGAUCGGAUUAUCCUACCCUGCGCACUGGAAGAGCGAGGAACGGUCCAAGUAUGAAAGGCUCCUACGGAAAGUUGCUUCCAAAGAAUCAGCUUGGAUACAGAAGGCCUUCGAUGUCAGCUUCCAUGCCGAGAGCUUGGCAUCGGCACAUUGUUUAUUCUGGCAUCGUGAGCUGAUUGACAACAUCAUCUCACCGGAGCUGGACUCUGCGCUUGUUGUAUUCCUGGAUUUCGGCGGCUACACAAUGAAUGGAUGCAUGUUCGAUGUGCAAAAAGGCAAUGACAGUCAUUUGAGUUAUCACAGAGUGGGCGAAACCUUUUCAACGUUUGGGGGAACACAGUUAUGGGAGCAGAAGGUCUCCGAUUUCUGCCGACAGGAAGUGGAGAAGGACCGAAAUGUCGUAUUACCGCCUGGACAACGAGCAAGUCUUCUCAAACAGUUCCACCUGGAGAUCAAGAGUUUCAGGACAAGUGAGAUCGAACCAAUGUCUUUGUCUUCGACCAACCCUUAUAACCAAAGGGAAAAGUAUUCUGUAUUUCUGGAGAAAGAACUCGCUGAGAAGUUCUUUAGAGCUGGCUUGGAGGAGCCCAUAAAGCUCGCUGAAAAGAAGAUAGCUGAAGCGUUUUCACUAAGCUCUACCAGGGUUAGGGUUGUUCUCUCAGGGGGUAGUGGCAAGAAUUCUGUUGUACAAGCUCGGCUGGAGUCAGCUUGCAAGAGUCACGACAUCCCGGCACCGUACUGCUUCUACGAGGGCUUUGACAGGGACGAUUCAUGGAACAUCUCCAAGGGAGCGGCGUUUGCAACGGCGAAUAUCAAGUCGGUUCAGGAGGUCAUAGCAAACGGCGCGGCGUUUGGCUUCCAACGGUCAAGUUCAGUCGCCGCGAAAGGCUCCAAACGCUCCAAAAAGCCCGGAAGCGCAUGGGAAGAACAGAUUCAGGUCUCUUUCGACUCGCAUGGGUCGCGUUCCUGCAAGAAGUGGUACAGUGGUAAAAUGAGAGUCAGAAUCAUUUGCGAUCCUUUCUUGCAGCUGCAUGGAAGCCAAAAGUACCUCCGUUUUGCUUCCUGCUGCGAUAUUGUGGAGCUUCCGCAACCCUCCAAAGGCUACUGGCAGUUCAAUCUUCGUUUUGAAUGCGCUGACGAUGAUGCACGUCUAAUUGUCGAGAGAAGUUACAUGGGCCAUGACGGUGAUAAGAUCAAAUACCAAAUGCCGAUCUUAAAGCUACCGUUGUACUAUGACCCAUCGUACUGUUGCUGUCUUGUCAAAUCUGAUGUGGACGAUGAAGGCUAUGGCCUUCUGGUCACAGAAGCAGGACAGAUAGUGGCUUGUCCAAAAGAACCAAGACUAAGCGAUCUUCAACCAGGAGGAGGGUCACAUCUUGAAAAUGCUUCAGACAAUCGAAAGCGAAAGCGGCGGGCAACCCCAGAGCACGUCAGAGGCAAUCUCAAGAGAACGUCGAGCUUCAAACCUUCUGGGCAUCUUCCUGAACUCAGUAUGUCUGACUGUUUGUCAAGGUCUAAAGGCGCAAAGGCGCCUUCGAGGUAUGGGGCAUCUGGAAGUCUACGCGCCCCUUCGGACUCAGUGGAGGAGACGAUCAACGUGGCAAACAGCGAGUCUGGAAGGUCUGUGCUUUCAUCAUCACCGGAGACAUCGACUCCUUAUCAACCUUCAGUUGGAGGAAAACAUAUGAGAAGUCGCCACUUUUGGAAGCAAUGGUUCACUAUCGACCCUGAGGACGCGCUUCGGGAGCAGGAUGAGCAGCCGGUCUUACUAUCUCCAUGA